CAUUUCCAAACUGAAGCACUGCCCAGGUUUCUCCAACAGUAGGUGGCCUGACAUCAGCAGAGGCUGUGUUCGUUUCCAGACAUCAGACAGGAAUUCAGAGACCAGAGAGUUCCAAGAGCAGCAAAGAGCUCAUGGAGCUGAAGAAUGUGACCACCUCUGAAGCUGAAGACUACAUGAACACUCGCUUCCAGAAUGAAGAAAACAUUCAUGAAAACCAGUACACAUCAGGAAAUGACUCCUUACGGAGUAGAGUUGUGCAAAACAGAGAACACGUCAACACCAAACAGGAUGAAGAGCAGGUCACCACUGAGCAGAAUUCUCUCAGAAAUGAAGAAGAUGAGAAGGAUGAUCAAGAGAUGCAUUCAAAAGGGUGUCUGGCAAGGAAGUACGCUACAGUCUAUGCUUUCUGUAGGAAACACAAAACAACCAUUAGGUACAUCAUCUGGAGCCUCCUAUUAGCAGUUUACCUGGGUUUGGUGAUCACAGCCUGCGUGCUAAAUUUUCAUAGAGCCCUUCCUCUUUUUGUGAUCACUGUGGCUGCCAUCUUCUUUGUGAUCUGGGAUCUCUUAAUGGCCAAAUAUGAAUCUCGAAUUGAUGAGUUCCUGUCUCCUGGCAGAAGACUUCUGGACAGCCAUUGGUUCUGGCUAAAGUGGGUAAUUUGGAGUUCCCUGAUCCUGGGGAUUAUUCUAUGGCUGUCCCUUGAUACCGCCAAACUGGGCCAACAGCAGCUGGUGUCCUUCGGGGGGCUCAGCAUGUAUAUUAUCCUGCUGUUUCUAUUUUCCAAGUACCCAACCAAAGUUUACUGGAGGCCCGUCUUUUGGGGACUUGGGAUACAGUUUCUUCUUGGGCUCUUAAUACUAAGGACUGAGCCAGGAUUCGUAGCCUUUGAUUGGUUGGGCAAACAAGUUCAGACAUUCUUGGGGUACACUGAUGCUGGUGCUUCAUUUGUCUUUGGUGAGAAAUUCACAGACCACUUCUUUGCAUUUAAGAUCCUGCCCAUCGUGGUUUUCUUCAGCACUGUAAUGUCCAUGCUCUACCACCUGGGACUGAUGCAGUGGAUCAUUAGAAAGGUUGGAUGGAUAAUGCUAGUUACUAUGGGAUCAUCUCCUGUUGAAUCUGUAGUUGCUGCUGGCAAUAUAUUCAUUGGACAGUCGGAGUCUCCACUGCUGGUCCGGCCUUACUUACCAUAUGUCACCAAGUCUGAACUCCACGCAAUUAUGACAGCUGGGUUUGCCACCAUUGCCGGAAGUGUGUUAGGCGCAUACAUCUCUUUCGGGGUUUCAUCCACCCACUUGUUAACAGCUUCAGUUAUGUCAGCACCUGCAUCACUGGCUGUUGCCAAACUCUUUUGGCCUGAGACAGAAACACCUAAAGUAACCCUCAAGAAUGCCAUGAAAAUGGAAAAUACUCAGUCAAGGAAUCUCUUAGAAGCCGCAACACAGGGAGCCUCCUCAUCCAUCUCCCUGGUGGCGAACAUCGCCGUGAAUCUGAUUGCCUUUAUAGCCCUGCUGUCUUUUGUGAACUCAGCCCUGUCCUGGUUUGGAAACAUGUUGGACUACCCACAACUGAGUUUCGAGAUAAUAUGCUCCUACAUCUUUAUGCCCUUCUCCUUCAUGAUGGGAGUGGACUGGCAGGACAGCUUUAUGGUCGCCAAACUCUUAGGUUAUAAGACAUUCUUCAAUGAAUUUGUAGCUUAUGAGCAACUCUCCAAAAUGAUCAAUUUAAGGAAAGAGGCUGGACCCAAGUUUGUGAAUGGUGUGCAGCAAUAUAUAUCGAUUCGCUCAGAGACAAUUGCCACGUAUGCUCUCUGUGGCUUUGCUAAUAUCAGUUCCCUAGGAAUAGUGAUUGGCGCACUCACAUCCAUGGCUCCUUCCAGAAAGAGUGACAUCAUCUCAGGGGCAGUGAGAGCUCUGAUUUCAGGGACCGUAGCCUGCUUCCUGACAGCCUGCAUCGCAGGCAUUCUCUCUGGCACUCCUGUGGAUGUCAACUGCCAUCACAUUUUAGAGAAUGUCUUCAACUCCAGUUUACCUAGAAACACCAUUGAUGUAGUAUCUUGUUGCCAGAGUCUACUGAACAGCACUGUUGCCAAUGGCCCUGGCAGGGUCAUCCCAGGAGGAAACCACAGCCUGUAUUCUCUGAAGAACUGCUGCCAAUUGUUGAGUCCAUCAACACUGAACUGCAGUUGGAUCCCUAAUGCAUUUUGAGUUCAGUCACUUCUCCAACAGAAUUCUAAGCACAGGUGCUGAAUUUUCUACUUCGGAGCGAAAAUAAAAACUAUUCUUACUUCUAUCACAGAAUCAGUGUUAAGUGGAAAGAAGAAAAACAGGAGUGAACCCUUUGACUCUACAGCAUCUUCCUUCAGAUCUACAAAAUCUUCCCUUCCCCAGCCCCUUCAGCACUGAGAAUUUCUAUGGCAUCCUGAAGUAACAUGUUGACUCCAGUCCCAAAAAUGUAGAAUUUCAGGACAUUUAACCAAAAUACAGGUAUCAAUGACAGCUCACAAAAAUUGUGCUAUGACUCAGCCACACCACUUGGUUCAAGUCUCAAAGUAGUCCAGAGUGGCUUGGUUUAAAAACAUCUCAGCAACUCAGGUGAGAUCAUUUUGCAUUCACCCUGGCUGAACUGAAAUAGCCUGAACAUGAAUCUCACAUGGAGGAGGACCAAUCAUGAGUCACCUACUCAUUGCUUGCCCUGAGGAAGUCUUGCAGAAAUCAAGUGUCCUUCAGGGGAGCACUUAGACCGUUCUAAAACUAAGUUAAAUUCCAUGUGUUUAGGGGAUUAUAUCAGUAAGUUUAAGCUAAACUGGUCUGCAGUAACAAAUAAGCCAAAAAUCUUGGUGGCUUACAACUUUGUUUUAAUUCACAUAAGUUUAUUGGGGUCAAUUCUGGCUGUACUCUAUGUUGUUUUCAUUUCCAAGACCCUGGCUAGAGGAGCAGGCCCUAUGUGGGGAAUGUUGGUCUUAUGAGAAAAAGAAGAAGAAAGGUGGGGACCACAUGAUGGCUCUUCAAAUUUCUGCUGGGAAGUGACACCUUCCACUUUUACUACAGUCUAUUAUCCAGAACUAAUCACAGGACAAACUUGAUGAAAAUGGCCAUAAGUGAAUUAUCCUGUCAUAGGGAGAGAUAGUGAAUAUUUUUAAGAAAUAAUAUGAUAGACCACAUGGGUGCAUAAUAUACACGACUCCCUUCAAAGAGUCAACCUGUUAUAGGGAAUAACUGUAAGCUCAUUCACAUGCAAAUUUAGUUACAUUCUUAGUAACAGGACUGGAAAAUGAUACUACACUUCAGUCAAAAAAAACCACAAAAGGAUCAUUUGAGGAAGAAAUGUAAGUCCUGGCUGAGAUCUGAAAACAUUCUACUGACCAGUAAAUCAUCAGCAUCAAACGUGCUUCUUCAAUGGGUUCUAAGACUUCUGUCUGAGAAGAAAGUUCCAGAGACAAUGAUGGGUGCUCUUUAAUGAAGUGCUUAUUACUAAUGGUCUUCAUACCAUAAAGACCACUUUAUGUGAGAAAAUACAAACACUAAUGAUUGAAUUCACACACACAUACACACACACACAAAAGAAUGUGAAAAAGGUUUUGAAAUACCUUCAGUGAUUUAUGUUUCCUUUUUGUUCAUGUACAAGAGUAAGUUUUUAAAAUCUGUGUAUAAAUAGUUGACUUUCUUUUGUACUGUUGUGGUGGUGAUGGUGGUGAUGAAGGAGCAAUCUAAAUGUCCAAAGAACUCUUUAUGUCUAAAGUAGAACAUACCAGGAUAUUUCUAAUUAUUGAUCUUUGUAUCACAUUUUUCUUGGAAUUCAAUGUGCCCUUUUUAUAUAUAGAAUUUCUUUUAUGAAAACAUAAAACAUAUAAAAUAAAACAUAUAUUUCAUUUCCCUCUA